UCCUGCAGCCGCCGCCGCCGCCGCCGCCGCCGUCCCUGUCCCUCCUCUCUUGCUCCCCGGCAGAUCUUUGUUGUGUGGGAGGGCAGCGGGGAUGGACUUGAGCUUGCGGCUCUCCUGCUAGAGCAGCCGCGCUUGGAGAGGGCGCCGUCGCCACAGCAGCCGCCGCCCCAGGCCCCACCGGCCGCGGCCUCCGUCCCCGCGCCGCGCUUCGCGCGCCUCCCAGCACAGUGCCCUCGCGGUGGCAGAUGAGUGUGGGGUCAGCCCACAGCGGGGACUAUGGUGAAAUUCCCGGCGCUCACGCACUAUUGGCCCCUAAUCCGGUUCCUGGUGCCUCUCGGCAUCACCAAUAUAGCCAUCGACUUCGGGGAGCAGGCAUUGAACCGGGGCAUCGCUGCCGUCAAGGAAGAUGCUGUGGAGAUGCUGGCCAGCUACGGACUGGCGUAUUCUCUGAUGAAGUUCUUCACGGGGCCCAUGAGUGACUUCAAAAACGUGGGCCUGGUAUUUGUGAACAGCAAGAGAGACAGGACCAAAGCCGUCCUGUGCAUGGUGGUGGCCGGUGCCAUCGCUGCCGUCUUCCACACCCUGAUAGCCUACAGUGAUUUAGGGUACUACAUCAUCAACAAGUUGCACCAUGUGGAUGAGUCUGUGGGGAGUAAAACACGCAGGGCCUUCCUGUAUCUCGCUGCCUUCCCUUUCAUGGAUGCUAUGGCAUGGACCCAUGCUGGCAUUCUCUUAAAACACAAAUACAGUUUCCUGGUGGGAUGUGCCUCAAUCUCAGAUGUCAUAGCUCAGGUCGUUUUCGUAGCCAUUUUGCUUCACAGUCACCUGGAAUGCCGAGAGCCCCUGCUCAUCCCCAUCCUGUCCCUGUACAUGGGAGCGCUUGUGCGCUGUACCACACUGUGCCUGGGCUACUACCGGAACAUCCAUGACAUCAUCCCCGACAGGAGCGGCCCAGAGCUGGGGGGCGAUGCAACCAUAAGAAAGAUGCUGAGCUUCUGGUGGCCUCUGGCCCUGAUCCUGGCCACACAGCGAAUCAGUCGGCCCAUUGUCAACCUCUUUGUGUCUCGGGACCUUGGUGGCAGCUCUGCUGCUACAGAGGCAGUGGCCAUUCUGACAGCCACCUACCCUGUGGGCCACAUGCCAUAUGGCUGGUUGACAGAAAUCCGAGCUGUCUAUCCUGCCUUCGACAAGAAUAACCCCAGCAAUAAGCUGGCAAACACUAGCAACACGGUCACCUCGGCCCACAUCAAAAAGUUCACCUUCGUCUGCAUGGCCCUGUCAUUGACGCUCUGUUUUGUAAUGUUCUGGACCCCCAACGUAUCUGAGAAGAUUCUGAUUGACAUCAUCGGAGUAGACUUUGCUUUUGCAGAGCUCUGUGUCAUUCCUCUACGUAUCUUUUCCUUCUUCCCGGUACCAGUGACUGUGAGGGCUCAUCUCACUGGAUGGUUGAUGACACUUAAGAAAACCUUUGUCCUGGCCCCCAGUUCAGUGCUACGGAUCAUCGUCCUCAUCACCAGCCUCGUGGUCCUGCCUUACCUGGGGGUGCAUGGAGCCACACUAGGUGUGGGCUCCCUUCUAGCAGGAUUCGUGGGAGAAUCUACCAUGGUUGCCAUUGCAGCAUGCUAUGUCUAUCGGAAACAGAAAAAGAAGAUGGAGAAUGAGUCAGCCACGGAGGGGGAAGACUCAGCAAUGACGGACAUGCCUCCAACAGAGGAAGUGACAGACAUGGUAGAAAUGAGGGAGGAAAAUGAGUAAGCACAGGCCACCAGGGGCACUGCAGGGACAGUCAAGACGACAGCAUCAUCUCUUUCCUCCUCCCAUCAAGUUGUAUUCUGAUUCUUUUAAUUUUUGGUUAUAAAAGAGGCCUUUGAUUUAAAGGUUUCAUAUAAAUUCUCUAGCAUACUGGGUAUGCUCACAGAUGUGAGGACCUAAAGAAAGGUCUUCACUGUCACUUUGUAAACACAGAGCCGCUGACUUCAUGCCCCUGCUUCAUAAGAAUCCAAACGAUAGAGCCAGCUCCUGGUCAACGUUUCUACUCCCUUGGACAAUCUCCACUCUGGAACCAAAGGACUUGGGCUAUGCCAUUGUCUCUCGGGCCAGACUCUUUCCUGUCUGUAUUUGCCUCUUAAGAAUCAACAGGUUGAAGAUCAGCCUCUCUUUUGACUUGCUCGCCAAUACUGUGGCUAUAACAGUGACCUGGUACCCAUCACACCCCAUCCCACUUUGGAGUCAUGAACUGUCUACCACACACACUGGUGGGCCACAGGCUGCAGCCCAGAGGUUCCCUGUUCCCAGAGGAAGAGCUGGGGGGGUCACACCAGGCCGACAGAAUGGAAAUUUAAUCUCCUGUAGAAAUUGGAUUUGACUUUAUCAUCAAUCAGCAUCUCAUAUUGCUUUUCUGGUUUCACUGAGUUGCUGCACCCCACAGUGUAUAUACAUGAGCUGACUUUUCAGAGUCGUACAGAAGUGCCACUCAAUGUCAGCAUCCUUCAGCAUGACUUUCCCCGAAGGCUUGCUUUCCACUCGCCUUCCUUGAAGAUGGCACUAGAGGGACAGAAGUGGAGAGUUGUAACCGUCCGUUUUGUUUUUCACAGUGAGCAGAGCUUUAAGUCGUAAUCUAGCAUUCUAAUGCCAGGUUCCUGUCUCAUAACUUCUGAUAUAGGUGUGUUACCUGCUUCUGCUGUUCGUAGUCACAGCUCUGCAGGACAGGUAACUGUACUAUGGUACUCCCCUCCUCACCAUAAAGCAAGACAUUUUAUAAACAAGUAUCAAAGUCACUAUGUGAUACCCCUGAAAUAAUGCAUUGGAAAUCCAUUUAGUGCAGUAUAUUUUUCUAAGUUUUUGGAAAACGGGUUUUUUCCUUUAAGAAAAUUAUGGAUACAGUUCACUAAAUUCCUGAUUUAAUCAAAAAACUACACUGAAAGAACCUAAACAAAACAAAUAUUUUAAAGAUAUAAAUAUAUGCUGUCUAUGUUAUGUAAUUUAUUUUAGGCUAUAAUACAUUUCCUAUUUUCGCAUUUUCAAUAAAAUGUCUCUAAUACAAUUCAGUGAUUGCCUACAUGCCCCGCAUACCUAGAGCUCACUCAUGUACCAGUAACCGUUGUACAUUACAGCAGUUUACCAAGUCCUCUGUGUAUGAAUAUAAGGGCCUGAAGAUGCCAAGGACGCCUAUGGAGGAAAUGGGCCACUUGUGCAGGCAAGUAAAGGCUGGAAGGGCAAAGGAUAAAAAGAAACAAAAGGCAGGCCUCUUGUGUUUAGUUUUUCAUUGUGUAGUUCUCAUGUUAAGACUGUAAGGGCAAAGGCUGGCUGCCAGCUACAUAGGCUUGCAUUCCCAUUUCUGGAUACCUGAUGUCCUUCCAAUGUGCCCACCAUGGGAACAAGUCCUAUGUGCUUCUGUAGCUGCUUGUGGGUGAUUUCAGGGGCAGAUCUGAACAGAUAACUUAAAGUCUUAAUUGUAUUGGCUUUUUAAAGUACAUGACUAGAAAAUUAAACAGCAGUAUUUUUUAA